AUGUCGUACGAGGAUUCGCUCUCGUCGCAAUACUUGACCUCGUCCAUCUCGUCGCUCUCAUCGGCCCGCGCCCAGUCGUCGCAAAUAGCCAGAACCUACCGCCAGGCUGCCCAAUUGUUCCUAACUCGCAGGCUGUACGAAGCCUUGUCUACCAUUGAUCCCAUCAUCAUCUCGCCCGAAGCCUUAGACUCGCCGUUCCCACAAGAUGACCAAACCGACCACAACGCUGCACCUGUCGCAUUCGCGUCCAAGACCAGUCGCGUCAAGGUGUGGAGCUUCUACUUGACCUUACUCAACGCCAUCAUAGAUCUGGGUCCUGAGGAAGGCAAGCUGGUCUUCGGAAGCACUAAAUGGCGAGAACUGGCCUCGUACGCUCGUCAGGGCACCAUCUGGGACCUCGUCGUCAAGCAGGGUUAUCAAGGGAAUGAGGGUGCUGUGGAUGCUGAGGUUGUCGUCAAUCUUUUUGACAUUGCUGCCCACCUCGAAGCCUCUCAGCAAUCCAUGCGCAAUCCGUCUCACCAUAACGGAACAAGCACCCCACGCGACCUGAAUACUCGUCUCAAGCUGCUCGAGCUUUACACUCUCCACGUUCUGCCUCAAAACGGCGAGUGGGACUAUGCCCGUGAUUUCAUCAGUAUGAGUGAGGUUCUGGACGACGAGAGAAGGGAUGCUUUCCUACAAGCACUUCAUACAUUGAAAGAGGAGAAGGCACUUGAUGGUAUACGGGAGAAGGAGCUUCAGCGCCGUCAAGAUGAAGAGAUGCAACAAAGGCGUAUCGAGGAUGAGAGACGUCGAAAAGAAGAGGCCAGAGCAGAGCAGGAGAGGAGGCGACGAGAAGCUGAAGAGAGGCCUCGUACAGCUGGUUCGCAAAACAGAACGUCCUCCGCCUCAAGCAACAACAACUCUAGAGCAGGCCAGACCAACCGAAACCCGCCUGCGUCGAAGGCGAAACCUCCCCAGAAGAAAGCCACGCCUCCCUCACCUCGCGUUCAUCGCUCCAUGUUUGCGACUAUGCAGGCCGCCGUACUGAAUGCUGGGAAGUCUGUCAGCCAGAAUCCAAUGGUUUUGCUCCGAGACAGAGUUAAACGGAGCCUCCAGGGCGGGUUGCAUAAAGUACAGAGGACGAUAGGCAUGGGUGUAAAGGUCUCCUACAUCUGA